AUGUUUUACAGCAAGCUCCCCGUUGGCCGAGUAUAUGAACCCUCAUCGUUCAUAACCAGCCCUGACAUCAACAACUCCCCAACAUCCGCCGUCGUGUCAGAACCACUCUCCAUCCAAACAGACGUCGUGGCUGGCUCGAGCCGAUAUGUUAACGCAAUGGCGAAUGAUGUCCCAGAUUUAUAUUUCGAGACGGGAUACUCCACCACCCCUCCUUCUGCGGCUUCGUCCAGCAUGAUUCCGACACCCUUGUAUGACUGGGAUACGCCAUUGCCCCAAAGUUCACCGCACAGCAUGGCUCCAAGCAAAUCCAGCCCGUCCUUCGAUCCUUGGACUCUAUCAAACUACGAUGCAUACCAACCAUACUCAUCCUACUCCCCCGAGGACAGGCAUCGUUCUUCGCCACAUUGCCCGCAGGAGUCCUCAGUAGCAGACUGGCUUGACGAACUUGAUUGGGAGAAGCAACGCUAUCAACCCGAGUUCUCCCCGCCGGCGAACCUCAACUAUCCGCACGGGCAUGGCGACCAUUACGGUGGUGUAGCGUCAUCGUCUUCCUCUUCAAAACAACCACCAUCGCUUUCUUUCCAGCAACAUAAUUCUUCGUACACGCCAUCAGCAAUACAUGAUACCCAACACAAGCAAUUUGGUCAAGCAGCGUCGUCAUCAGCAUCUUCGUCUUCUAUCUCUUCAGCAUUCAACAAUACUGUAUCACCAUCAAUGCUUUCGCUUUCGAACACCAACACCCAUAUGCCAUCUACAUCUGUAUUAUCAUCAACGCCUCCAACAAAUGCCCAACCCCAAGUUCCUAUCAAGCUUCAUCAGCCGCGCCCUUCGCGGAGGAUCCCAAUCAUAUCCCCAUCUUGCACCACACCCCAAUCCACCAGUCCAGGCAUUGUCGCCCUUGCCACUCGAUUGUCAUGGGUUUGCCCCACUUGCACCUCACGACCAUCCUUCGAUACCGAAACUUUAUCCAGCCCAAUACCUUCCACUGAACCCGAUGGCGAACCCAACAAUGGUUUCUAA